AGUUAUAUUAGAGUGCGCUACAAUCAUAGUUAGAAAAGUUUAAUUUUUCAAAUUUAAAAAGAAAGUAUAAGUUUUGUUUUGAAUAAAAAAUAUUUCUAAAUAUUGAUAAUUUUAAAAACUGAUAAAAAGAAUGUUAAAGAAAAAAAAUACUUCUAACAAUACAGAUGUAUACCGAUUUGAUAUCAAUGAUAUAACCUGAUAUUAAAGAUAUAUAAAUGAACAUAUUUCGUUAUCUAUAUUAACAGCUGGCAGAUAUUAAAAAUAUAACGUAUAUAACGUAAAUACAUAGAUAUAAAAUUUCCGUUUGUUGAGACUGUUAUCAACAUAAUAGAUUUUUUAUAUCAUUAUGAUUCUUCCUGUGAGAUAAAUAGGAAAGAAAAUCUUUGUUUAAAUUAACAAAUUGAAAAUUAUUUCAAAGUUAUCUACAGAACAGUGCAAAUUAGAAGGAUGGCAACUGAAGUCAUAGAAUCACAACCAUUUAAGAAUUUACAAGAAUUAUACGAUAAUGUGGAUAAUCUAAAACCAUGGCCUGAUAUUAAGAAACUAAGAGAAUCAACAGAUUAUGUGUAUAAUGGUUCAGAAAUAAAUAUACAAAAGUUGUAUUUGGAAAAAUUUGAUAGACAAGAACAACCAAGAACAUUACUAUGUCAUGAUAUGAAAGGUGGUUAUCUGCAAGAUAGAUUUAUAGAUGGAUCAAAGUCUUAUGAGUCUUAUUUGUUUUAUCAUUGGAGUGUUAUUGAUACAUUUGUAUACUUUAGCCAUUAUUUUAUUACUAUUCCACCUUAUGGAUGGAUUAACGCAGCACAUGAUCAUGGAGUUAAAAUUCUUGGUACUGUAAUAACUGAAAGAGAAGGUAUAUGGGAUCUUAUACUUAUAUCUCAGGAGGAUGUGAGAAAAUUUGCAGAUGCACUAAUAGUUGUUGCAAAAUUUUAUAAAUUUGACGGCUGGUUAUUAAACAUUGAAAAUGUGAUUAAAAAUGAACAAAUCAAUAAUUUAAUUUAUUUCGUGAAAUAUCUAACAGACAAUAUUCAUGAAGCAAUAAAAGAUUCUGAAAUUAUAUGGUAUGAUAGUGUGACUAAUGAAGGAACAUUAAACUGGCAAAAUGAACUUAAUAAUAAAAAUAUAGACUUUUUUUUAAAUUGUGAUGGUAUUUAUUUGAACUAUAACUGGAAUAAAUCAAAACUAGAAAAUAGUUAUGCACUUGCAAAAAAUCAUAACAGAAAUGUUCAUGAUAUUUAUGUAGGACUAGACGUUUGGGGAAGAGGGUGUCCUGGUGGUGGUGGAUUUAAUUCAACAUAUGCUUUACGAAAAAUACGGCAAGAAAAACUUUCGGUCGCAAUUUUUGCUCCUGGUUGGACUCAUGAAUUUUUCGGAUCCAAAACAUUUCAAGAAUUAGAAGAUUUAUUUUGGGCACAAUUGUUUCCUUAUUUAUAUAUUCAUGUACUUAUCUAUGAAGAAGAAAUAUUUAAAACAUCAUUUUGUCGUGGAAGUGGUAGUUUGUAUUAUAGCUGUGGUGAGAUACAAUUAGACAUGCGCACUGUAGAAGGUAAAAAUAUUUGGGAACAAAGAUCAUUUUAUAACUUAUCCAAGCAAAUGCCACAAAUAUCUGUACCUACACCACAUUUACAAUUUACAUAUGUUCCACAACUUCCUGAAUCAAAAAAUGAAAACGAUCGAAAUGAGUGUCCAAAACAACCGAUACAAUAUAUUUACGAAACAAAGAAAAACGUUAUUCGAAUAUUAGAAAAUGUUAUAAAUAUUCAAGACAAAAUGCCAAUAUUGGACAUAAAUUGCUUCGAAUUUUGUAAUCAAUUUUCUUUCGAAGGUGGUGGUUGUUUAAAAUUAAUUACGAAUGAUCUUAGAUCGUAUCAUAGAUUAUUUCUUGUUCAUAUCGAAUUCCAACAAGACAUUGAAGCAACUAUCAUUUAUGAAGAAAUGAUAUCUUCUAUGACGAACGGAACUCGAAGUGAACCAAUUUUAAUUUUGGGCAAUGAUACUGGCUUAAAAUCUAUUAUCCAUUAUAAAUCAGAAAAUUUAAACUCAAGAUGGAAGAAAUGUGUUUAUCUGACGAAUAUGAGGACUGUGAAUGAGAUUGGUAUAUCUUUCGCAAAGAAGAAUAUCUGUUAUCUAGGAGAGAUCAUUCUCGAACAAAAGGGACAUCUGAACUGUGGAUUGCGUCAUGAUAAAAGUGUAUCGCAAAAGAACGAGGUUCUCGACCGUAUAAAGAACCGUUCUCCGAUUAUCAGAUCGAGUUGUGUACACCAUUUCGUCUUUGAGAACCACUUUAGUGAAAGGAAUACCGAAGUUUCAUAGAACGCCUAUUCAAUAUAACUUAUCGCUCGAUAUUUCACAGGUCGAUUUCGCGAUUACGCGAUAAGACCAUUUCACAUUCGAUGUUAUUAGUUUAAAAUCAUAAAACUAAUCUUAUUUUUUUUUUUUUAUUUUUUCGUGAUUUAAAUUUAUACUCAAUUUUCAUUUGCAAUUUCGUGCUUUAUUACCGUUAUUUGAUGUUAUUGUCACGAUGCAAAAGUGUCUGCAUUCCGCGGUCGGUAAUUUGUUUGACGGAAGGACGAAAAAUGUCCGAGAACCUUCUUGUAUGGAGAACGAACGGGGCUAUAAGAAUGAGGUCACGACAUCAUAACUUCUACUACUUUUUUCAUUCAUUAGUCGCAUUUCAUGCAUUAUGCGCGGAUUAUGUUUCGAUUCAUGAUUUCAAUUCAUCAUUUUUGAUUGGCAUAUAAACUCAGAAGAUAUUUUAAGACGAUUGAUAAAUUGAUGAUUGAUAGAAAAAAUUUUUUUUUUAAUUUCAUUUAUCAUAUUUUCUAUUUUAUAAAUACAACAUUCCAUAAUGUAUUCAUUUUAUAAUACACUAUAAUUCAUAUUUUUAGCAUUUAUAAUACGUAUUAUAUAGAUACUAUAAAAUGAAAAUAUCAAAAUCUUAUCGAAAAUUUUUAUCUCGAAUUAAUUUUUUAAGACUAGUAUAUAUUCUACUUAUUAAUUAGAAUAUACUUGUAUCUUUUGAUCAUAAAAAUAUCAUAAUCAUGUCAAAUAGAAAGUUCUUCAUGAUACAAGCUGCAUAAAAUAUUAAAUAACCGCAUUAACCUUAAAAAAAUUGUGUCACUGUAACACUGUAUAUUAGUUUGCUGUGAUCAAAAAGUCAUCGAUAAUUUUUGCAAUUGACAAGUUGCGUAGUUCAAAAUUCAUGACAAUACACAACACCCACUUCAAAACGAACGGUAGUUGUAAGGAGGACAAUCUGGUUGGGAUUAUUCGCAAUGUAUACGUUGAUGUGAAAUAUUUGCAACUGCCGUGGAAUG